UGCUCAGUGCGCUCCCACCAUAAAGAAACUAUUGUGCAAGAACCAAAAGUGCAUGUUUUUGGAGCUUCUCCUCUUGUGGACACAGAAAGGACUAAAACUGUCGGAGCAACUGUUUAAUUAUUACCAGUCCAGCCGCUGGACGGGUGCGCGCGUCCUCUUGUUGCGCUGCGCACCGUUUCACCGAAGCUUUUGGCUCCAAACAGGUGGAUUUCUCGACAUAUUUUAAAGAUACCUGAGGCCCAGUUAUGCCAGUGCCCCCUCCACCUCCCCCGGUGCCCCCUCCACCUCCCCCGGUGCCCCCUCCACCGCCACCCCCGCCGCUCAGCGCUGCCCUGCCAAAGCCUCCAUCAGAGCCUCCUAAGCUCCAGUCCGGCGGAGGAGGAGGUGGACGGAAUGCCCUGUUGGCCGACAUCCAGAAAGGAACCCGGCUCAAAAAAGUCACCCAGGUCAAUGACCGCAGUGCCCCCGUUGUCGCUAAGCCCAAAGCGAGCACUGGAGAAGCAUCCAACAGUGUUGGUGCUUCUCAGAGUUCAUCAGGAGGGAUGGCACCCGUAGGACCCUCUUUGGGUGGACUGUUUGCUGGAGGAUUUCCCACGCUGAGGUCCACAGGACAAAGAGACACAGUGGGCAAGAUCGCAGGUGUGUCUCUGUCCAGCUCCGCUGCCUCCCAGAAGCCUCUGUGGAAUCCGCCCACUUUAGCCGACACGAGCAGCGUUCCUGAGCUUCAUAGGGUGGUGGAUCCAGGGAAUGUCGCCUACCUCCCUCUAGCUACAACAUCUUCUGCCCCACCCUCUCCCAGCCACAGCAGCAAACACCCGUCUCUUCACCUUGGUUUCUUACCUGUUCUUCCUACACCUCCGCCUCCACCACCCACUGCUCCUCCCCCGCCUCCCCCACCUCAAGCCAGCAGGCCUCCGCCUCUCCCGUCCUGUCCUCCACCUCCUCCGCCCUCACAAGCAACCAAACCCACUUGGCUCCCUAUCCAGCAACCCCACUAUGCUCCUCCACCUCCUCCGUCUUCAGUACCACCCUCCACUAUUCACAUGGACCACUUGUCAGGGUGCGUCUAUCCCCCUCCCUCUUCCCCACUCAUUGACGUACCACCUCAGUUAUCUGUCCUGCGUGACAGCUCACUGGGACCUCCUCCACCUCCUCCACCUCCCUGUCUUCCAGCUCCUAUCACCCCCUCUUGCCCAUCCACCCUUCCUCCUCCGCCACUAAAGAUUGGACCAAUGCACUCGCAAGCCCCACGGUCUCUGCCGCCCUCGUACCCGUGCAACGCCCCCACCCGACGCCCACCUGCUGUACCCAGGAGUGCAUGUGUGAGUCGUUUAGCUCCACCUCCAGCACCACCAGCUCGUUCUCCCAACACGGAGCUGUCGAACCGCAUUCCUCCCCCUCCGCCACCUCCAAUGUUGCCAGCCAGUCUCAGGAAUGGGCACCUGCGCAGCCUGGAUGACUUUGAAUCAAAGUUCCAGUUCCACCCUGUAGAAGACUUGCCUCCUCCUGAAGAAUUUAAGCCUGUCCCUCGGAUCUACCCCAGCAAAGAAAACAGAGUGAACCCCAAACCGCCUGGGGUCAGGACACACCUCAGAUGAGUCUCCGUGUUCUUCAUCAGUAUGUGAUUACAUAAACAGUUACGCCUCCUCCUCCACUCUGGGAGUGAAGAUGAGGAGCUAUAGACAAUUCCAUGACAGCCAAGGACAUUGUUUAACUUGGACGUGGGCUCCUUGUAGUUGGGCGUGGAUAUGUGCCUGCCCCUUUGACCUCUGACCUUUUCCAGUGUGGAAUGUUUUGAAUGCAUGCGAGAGGAGUACUCUCCUUACAGCGGCUCUCCUCUAUAUACGACCUCUUUCAGGCUCCU